CCUCGCGCUCCGGGGCCGGCGCCGGGCGUGCGCUGGGAGGGAGACUUACCCGGGGGCGCGGGGACGCGGGAGGCGCAGACCCGGACGAGGACGGGCGCGCGCGGGCAGAGAGGCGGCCCCCGGGGCCCCGGGGUGCGCCGGCCCCGCCCCGCCCCGCCCCCGGGCGCACCCAGGCGGCGCGGCCCCGCGCGCAUCCAGCGCCGGCGCCCAGAGUCGGCGGCCGCUCGGGGCUUGCUGUUGCCCGGCCGCCGCUCGCUUCUGGAGGCGCCCCUCCGCCCGCGGCCGCCGCGCUGCCCAAGGACAACUUCCGCGCCGUCCGGCUGUCCCCGCUCGCCGAGGCCCGAAGUUGGAGCGCGGGCGCCGGCAUGGGCAGCAGCGUGGUGUACGAGUGGCUGCGGGCGCUGCGGCUCGCGCAGUACGCGCAGUCCUUCGUGGACAACGGCUACGACGACCUGGAGGUGUGCCGGCAGAUCGGGGACCCUGACCUGGACGCCAUCGGGGUGCUGGCGCCCGCGCACCGCCGCCGCGUCCUGGAGGCCGUCGGCCGCCUGCGCGAGCAGGACGCGGCCACCGCCGGCCUCUACUUCACGCUCGAGCCGCCGCCGCCCGCUGACCCUGGGCCCCUCGGAAGCCCCGGAGACCUCGGCCGCCCGGGCCAGCCCCGCGGGGACCCCCGCACCCGGGAGCGGGUGAGCCACCCCCGGCUGAAGCUGAAGAUCCUGAUCCGGGACAAGCUGGUGCGCGACGGCGUGCACCUGGGCAAGCCCCCGUACUCUCGCCAGGUCCCUGCUGGCCUCCUAGAUAUCUUAAUGUGUUGGCCGAAGCCCUCCCAGAGCCGCUAGCUCCCGAGAGCUCGCGGAGGACGAUGGGUGCCGACGACUGGAGCGGGCACAGGCCGCCUUCUUCCGUAGAGCGACGUGGAUGCCUCCCUGGAAAAGCUCGGACACAUUCUGGAGUGACUGACUUACCAAGCCGGGGACCCAGCUGAUCACAGCUGGAAGCGAGGCGGCAAAAUGGCGCACGCAGAAGGUCCCGGGUUCGCCGUCAGACGACGCGCUGCUGGGAGAUAGGGCUCUGCGCGUUCCGGCAUCCCCCGUUCCAUGAGAUCUUGAUGGAAGUAGAUGAGGUUGGCUGAGGUGUUUGGGUAAAACUCAUUUUAAUUAUAGUAGAAGACAAAAAGUUGGGGUUUUUGCUUUUGAAAUGUGCAAAUGAGCUUUUAACUUGAGAGCAGUAGCUUUAAUUUUGUAUUUUAAUGUGCUUCUCUUUCGCUUCACAUAAGCCCAUGUUUUCAUAAAUUGAGAUACUCUUUGUAAUUCUAUAUAGAAUAGUUGGGCGAGGGGAUUCUUAUUUUAAGGUGCUUUGUGUAGGUAUUUUGUAUGGAGAUGCAGCCAUAAAGCUGGCGACUUUAGGAGCAUCGCUGAGGGAAGAUUUCUUCUAACGCCUUUUAAAAAUUAGGUCUGGUCCCCAACAGGGGGAGGAGCAGCCUUGGCUCCAGAGCUGGCGCCCCUUGCCCGUGGGCACGUCUGGGGCACCCCCAGCUCCGAGUCCCGUGCCUCGACCUCUCCUGGCCGUUCCUGACUCCAGGCCUGGACUGGAGCAUCGUGGACGUGCGUCACCACUGCCGCAGGACACUGGGGGUGGCCGGCGUGAGGCCAGCGUGGUCCUUGCCUCCAGGGGCUUGGCCGGGAGGACGGGAGACGUGCACCGGUGGCAGCCGGCCGGCCCCGCUGUGGGCCCCGGCACCUGGCAGAACCCCCCGUCCCGUCCUUCCCGAGAAGAAGCUGCCACCGCAGGCUGAUGCCUGUGCCGAGGGGGCACGACUGCCGCGUCCACUUCUUCCUCCAGCUCCGCAGUCCUCAGCUCGAGGGGCAAUUUCCUUCAGUGCCACUUCAAGAAAUUUAAGGACCAAAUACUUUAGUUACUUCUAGAGAAUAACUCAGGCUCUGGGGAAUGCCAUUCUUAAAUAAAAAUACCAUUCUCAAAUAAAAAUGCAAGGAAAUCAA